UAGGGGCCUACAAGAAAACAAAACAAGGUGCAUGUAGCUGCUGUGUUUCGCUCUUUUUUUAUUUAUUCUUUCUUUGUUCCAUUAAAAGAGGAUCCAGCUUAUACACAACGAAAAAUGUAUGAUCGAUUUUGACCAAUAAUGGCAUUGUGAAUGUCGAAAUGUAGCCGUCGGCAGCAGUGAACGGUGAAGAUACAAUGACGCAUUUGAAGAGGAACCAUGCACAGAGUGUACUCUCCUCCCUAAACCAGCAGAGGGCAGCAGGGAAAUUUUGUGAUGCAACACUGAAUGUGGGAGAUGGGGUGGUACACUUGGCCCAUCGCAACAUCCUGGCCUGUUUCAGUGAACUGUUCCAGCAGCUCAACUCGCCUGCUGCAACAUGCACAGAGAUCUGCCUGCAGGAGUGUCCCAGCGAUGGCCUGGAGCUGCUCCUAAACUUCCUCUACACUGGAGAGCUGAAGCUGGAUCUAGAUAACCUGGACAAGGUGCAGCAUGCUGCAGCCAGCCUGUGUGUGCCAGAGGCACUUGUACUUUGUCAGCAGUUCCAGAGAACGCCUGCGGAUCCUGUGCCCGUGAAGCGUAAAAGAGGCAGACCAAGAAAGACCCAAUCAGAUACAACCUCUCAUUGUUCAGUCAAAGAAGAAGAGAAGGUGCAUACAGACACAAAAAAGGAGUUUGGUAUUAACACUGACUCAGCCACCAUUAAUGUAGCUGCCACAACUGCAACAACCACCACCCGCUCUGGCCGUGUAGUGAAGGGCCCCAGGAGACUUGUGACUGAUGAGAGUCCGUCCACUGAUUUAAUAGCCUGUGAAAACACCAGCAAACAGGCCGAGAACAUUCCUGCGGAGACAGAAAGUUGUGAUGUUGUGGAUAAUCAGAGUCCCCAUCAGCCAGCGGGUAAAACUGAGAUAGCUGAUCUUCAGAUUGCCAUAAAUGACAGUAGUGUUCGUCAGGAAAAUGAGGCGGCAGAGGAAGAUGAUGAUAUUGGGGAGUUUGAGCCAAUCACUGAAGGCUCAGAUGAGGAAUAUGUGCCCAUCGCCGAGCCUGCGUCUUCAUCAACAGCUUCAUCAACAGCGCGAAGACGCAAUGUUCAAAGUAAGACGAUGAAAAAUGAGAAGGAAGAAACCGUGGAAGAAGAUUCCAAGAAGGAUUCUGUGCAGUGUCCCGUCUGUGAAAAAUCCUUCAAGAGCAAAUACUACCUGAAAGUCCACAACAGACGACAUACAGGGGAGAAGCCCUUUGGUUGCCUUAAAUGUGGGAAGAAGUACUUCCGGAAGGAGAAUCUUUUAAUACACGAGAUCAGAAAUUGUGAUAAAGUCAUGACGUACAAAUGCUCGAUGUGCUCCUCCACCUUUAAUACAAAAGAACAGCUACGUCUGCACAUUGUGUCCCACACUGGAUACAUGCCUCACAAGUGUUCAUUGUGUCCUGAACAAUUUAUGUACAAGAAAAACUUGACGCUUCACAUGAUGAAGAUCCACAGUUACCCAAAACCACACGCAUGUCCCCAGUGCCCCAAAACCUUCUUAACUCGGACGGAGCUGCGCGUGCACGAAGCAGCCAAACAUCGAGGUGAAAAGCCGUUUGUGUGCGAGGAGUGCGGCCAUCGAGCAUCGAGUCGAAAUGGCCUGCAGAUGCAUAUCAAAGCCAUUCACAGAAACGAACGACCAUUUGUUUGCACCUUAUGUGGCCAUGCGUUCUCCCAGAAGAACAACCUCAACAUGCAUAUGCGUAUACACAGUGGUGAGAAGCCGUAUCAGUGUCAUCUCUGUGGGAAAACCUUCAGGACACAAGCCAGUCUAGAUAAACACCACCGGACACACACCGGUGAGCGUCCCUUCAGUUGUGACAUCUGUGAGCAGCGGUUCACAGAGAAAGGCGCCCUCGUCCGACACAAGGCCAGCAAGCACGAGGAAGGUCGUCCCCACUGCUGUCACAUAUGUGGCAAAACCUUCAAAGCCAAGGAGCAGCUCAAUGUUCACCUGCGGCGCCACAAAGGCAUGAGGAAGUUUGAAUGCAGCGACUGCGGCUACAGGUUCACUCGACAGGCUCACCUCAGACGGCACGUUCAAAUCCACAAACGCACUGAGAACUACAAUCCCCGGCAGAGGAAACUGAGGAACAUGGUCGUGCAGGAUAUUAAUGAAAGUUUAGGGGACAGUGACUCAUCUGAAACGACAGGAGCCCCUCUGACCACUGAAGAGACGGAGUAUGUUCAAGACACCAGUGACAACAAGGAACCCGCAAACCAAGGGACUGACGACUCACCAGGCCUCAGUUCCAGCUGCAUCGUGAGGGUGGAGAUUGGCUCGAGUGAUGAGGUGAUGGAGGUGGUGGUGCCCGACCAGAACCUGGUAUGUGCCGAGGCGGCAGAAAAUUUCUCUGUGCCUGAUGUCAUGCAGCAAACGCAGCUGGUCACAGAGGAAUUUGAGUCUACAGUGGACAUGGAGGGAAUCGAGAAUAUAUCAGAGAGGAACGAGGACUAAGAGUGGAAACUGUGGAGUUUUUUUUUUGUAAACAAGAAGCACUUACAUGAUGAAACAUUUGGCUUUGAAUGUCCAAAGAUGAAAGUUACUGAAAUGGCUAAUGUUAAGUUUCCAUACAUGAGAAUAAUGACAAAUGUAAUCAAAAGGUGAAGUGCAUGCUUUAAAAAUGAUUUAUGAGAUUAUAUUUUGCUCUGUUUAAUUCAGACUAAUGUUAAGGGUGUGUCAAACAGCUGAGCUUAAACCAGAAAUAAAAAAAAAGUUAAUAAUAAAUAUGAUAUGUUGUUGA